GACGAAAGGAGGAAAGUCACACGGUGGCGCGUUCCGGGUGGGCAUUGCUGCUGCUGCUGGCGCCAGCGGCGAGGCGAGCGCACCGGACCUUGCCUGGCUGUGGGCGCAGAAUCUGAGGUAGCUUUGGUGGGGGGCUACUGUACACAAAAGAAAGAAAAAAAGUGCUGCAUCUGUCAACAUGGUGGGUGAAGACAAUAUCUCUGUAAGGAGUCGCCGAUCUGCAUAUGGCAUCGCAGAAGAGAAGGACGGUGUGUCAAGAAGGCUUGAGGGAAACUGGUCAUUCCCAAAAUCCAGCAAUGGGAGGGUUGAUGUUGACCAUGUGAUAACAAGAAGGAUGCAACUCCUGGCAGAAGUGGAGCAUUUGAAGCCGGCUUUCAUGAAGGGGAUUGACAACCAUUUUACGGAACUUGUAGAUGGCUUGGUUUCAAAAUUAGCGCUGCUCGAGUCAUCGCCAUCGGCCUUCCCAAGCAUGGGUUCAGAGAAAGAUGGUCGCAAAAACAAAGGCUUGAGGUCGCCUUCAGAACAUGGGAAAGUCUUUGUUGUUCGGAGAUCUCUCUUGGAUGAUCUGUUCGAAGUGGAGCACAUCCGAACAAUCUACCACAUAUUUAUUGCCUUCCUCAUCCUCUUCAUUCUUAGCACCUUUGUGGUAGACUUUCUUGAUGAAGGAAGGUUGGUGCUUGAAUUUGAUCUCUUGGUCUACGCUUUUGGCAAGUUUUCUGUUGUUGCUCCUACCUGUCUGUGGAUGAUCUUAUCCACACUGGCCAUACCCUAUGGUCUCUUCUGCAAGUGGGCCCAAAGCUACCAUAAUUCCUCCCACAAGACAAUCCUUUCGCUCUUCUUUGGAAUGCUCUUCAUGCUCUUCCAGACAAUUGGACUUGGACUGGGCCCAGCUUACGUUACACUGGCCUAUGAUCUUCCACCUGCCUCUCGGUUCAUAGUCAUACUUGAGCAGGUCCGUCUAAUUAUGAAAGGUCACUCUUUUAUCAGAGAGAAUGUCCCCCGGAUACUGUCCUCUAGCCCAUCAAAGACAAACUCUGUUCAGGUUCCUCGACUUUCUCAGUACUUGUAUUUCCUCUUUGCUCCCACCCUGAUCUACAGAGAUGAGUAUCCCAGGACUUCUACAAGGCGAUGGAGCUAUGUAGCUACUAAGUUUGCACAGGUACUUGGGUCACUCUUCUACGUUUAUUACAUCUUGAUGCGACUCUGCAUCCCUAUAUACCGGAACUAUAGUCGGGAACCCUUCAACACACGAGGGCUGGUUCUUUGCAUCUUUAAUUCCAUUCUUCCAGGUGUGUUGAUGCUGUUCCUGGUCUUCUUUGCAUUCCUCCACUGCUGGCUUAAUGCCUUUGCUGAGAUGCUGCGUUUUGGUGACCGAAUGUUCUACAAGGACUGGUGGAAUUCUACAUCUUAUGCAAACUAUUAUCGAACCUGGAACGUGGUAGUACAUGACUGGCUGUAUUACUAUGCAUACAGAGACUUCCUUUGGUUCUUUGGGAACAAAUUCAGAUCUGCUGGUAUGCUGUGCGUGUUUGCAAUUUCUGCAGCUGUACAUGAAUACAUCCUGAUCAUCUGCUUUGGGUUCUUCUAUCCUGUCAUGUUCUGUCUCUUCAUGUUCUUUGGAAUGAUUUUCAACUUCUUAAUCAAUGACCAACGGAAAGGUUCCAUUUGGAAUGUGAUCAUGUGGACUUCUCUCUUCCUUGGCCAGGGCAUCAUUGUUUGUCUUUAUAGCCAAGAAUGGUACGCCCGCAUGUACUGCCCCUUGCAAAAUCCCACUUUCUUGGACAACAUGAAGCCGCGUUCCUGGACUUGCCACGCAAAAAUCUGAAGUCCCCAGGCUGAUGCCAGAAGACAGUUCUUUAAAAUACACGUGUACUUUGGACCAGUGAUCUAAGUGUCUUGAACCUUUUAAAAAGGGAAAAUAAAUAAUAUUUAGUUAUGGCACACAAUU